GUUUGUAGAACAAUUACAGUUGACAGCCCGCGGUCUGUGCUGGCUACCUGUUACACAGCCUGUUCAGUCGUCUUCAACAUUACGGCGUCUACUGUGACGCGAAUCCCAUUCCGGAUUUUCUCUCCGUCCAGGUUUUGCUCCGGAUUUUAACAAGGUCCGUCAGAGCAAAACUGUCGUCUGCUACCGACGCAGCAGAAGCGGGCAGCUGAUCGGAGGGCUCGUACACUUCCCAAAGUAACAGAAGUGGAUUUAGUAGCUUUGAAACAAUACUUAUGCUGAUGAGUUUUGGAUGUAAACGAAACAGUGCACUGGACUAAAGCUCUCCAUCAACAACACGACCGCAAUGUGGGGCCUGCUUCAAAGUGCUGUGAUUCUCUGUGUUGUGGCUACAGGAAACGGACAAGCGUGUUUUCCAUGCAACGACGGUGAAUUUCAGUGUGACAACUGCCGGUGUAUAUUGGAUACCUACCUCUGCGACCACGACAACGACUGCGGCGACAACUCAGACGAGAAGAGUAAUUGCACAUACCCGGGGUGUUCAGGUUUUGAGUUCAGCUGCAGGAACCAGCGUUGUGUGUCCCAGAAAUGGGUGUGUGAUGGUAGCGAUGACUGCGGAGACGGUUCGGAUGAGCUCAACUGUGAUAAAUACGCCUGCCUUCCCCAGGAGUGGGCAUGUCCUUCCAGUGGUUAUUGCAUCCUUAUAUCCGAUGUCUGUGACAACACUGACGACUGCAGCGCCGGGGACGAUGAGGUGGAGGGUUGUAGCUCAUCAAGUUGUACCCAGCUGUCAUGUGAUCAUGCCUGUCGCCCCAGCCCCUCAGGCGGCACGUGCUACUGUAAUGCGGGAUUUACCAUCGACCCCACGGACAACAGAACAUGCAUUGAUUUUGACGAGUGUUCAACCUGGGGGUUCUGCGACCAGGGCUGUGUGAACACCAUUGGUUCCUACAGCUGCAGCUGUGACGCCGGCUACACCCUCUCCUCCGACAACAUCUGUACAGCCAACGAUGGCGGCACGAUGAACAUUGUAUUGUCGACGGGCAAGAGUGUGAUUACGAUGGAUCGAGAUGGUCAGAACGUGGUGGAGCGUAUGACGGCGUCCGUGUCGGACCUGGACGUCAGUGUACACAACAACCUCAUCUUCUACAUCAACUCCACUGACAAGAAGGUGUACCAGGUGAACAUCAAUGGCAAUUCAGGUCGGCGACUGCUGCCGACGCAAGGCGUAUCCAACCCUCAAGCCAUCGCCUACGACUGGAUAGGCAACAACCUCUACAUGGCCGAGAGGGACAGCGCCAGGAUUGACCUAUUUUCCCUCAGCAAUGACAAACAACGUAACAUCAUAUCAAAUGAGCUCAAGUGGCCAGCAUCUAUUGCCCUUGAUCCAGUGAAAGGGUACAUGUUUUUUACAGACAUGGGUACCACGGACACUCCCAACUCCGCCAAGAUAGAGCGGGCGUACAUGGACGGCAGUCACAGGAUGGUGUUCCAUCUGACCAAAAUCCGGGCUCCUCGUUCCCUCGCUGUCGACCUCGCUGCUGAGCGGGUGUAUUGGAUAGACACCCAUCUGGAUCAUCUGGAAACUGUGGACUACAAUGGACUGGACAGGCACACAGUGAUACGGGGCGGGUUAAACAUCCCUGCAGGAUCCAGCCUCGCGGUGUUUGAGAACCAAGUCUACUGGUCAGACAUCACCAAGAUGGGGCUACUACACUGUAGCAAGUCGAACGGACAGAAGACCAUCACACAGAUCUACAAGGAUGGUGGGGUCAAGCCGACCAGCGUAAAGGUCUUCCAUCAAACCGUGCAGCCGAUGCAGAAACGAACAAACCCUUGUGCGUCUGGACCUUGCAGCCACAUCUGCGUCGUCACCCACACCACCGACAACGCCGACCUCGGUUACCGCUGCAUGUGUAACGCAGGUUUUACAUUGGAGAAGAACCGCGUCAACUGCACAAAGGUGACACAGUUUAUCCUGUUCGCCUCCAUGCAGUCUGUACGUGGAAUUCCCCUUGAAGAGCCCACAUCUUACGCCACAGACAACAUUCCACAAAUCACGGGCCACCGUCGGGGUCGCAUGGGCAUGAACUACGUGGCUGUGGACUAUGAUGCUGAGAAUGAAACUGUGUACUUCUCUGACGUUCGUAACAGAGUCAUAUACCAGGCACAGGUCGGCCAGUCAGAGGCCACCCCUCUCGUGGUCAAUCAUAUACGUUCCGUGGAGGGCAUGUCGAUUGACUGGAUCGCCAAGAACCUCUACUACACCGACUAUGCGCGCAGCUCCAUCUCCGUCGUCCGACUGCGCAACCCUGGUGACCGCAGGGACAUCAUCGAGGACCUCGGAAAUCCACGAUCUGUUGUCGUUCAUCCUUUAAAGGGCUGGCUGUUCUUCACCGACUGGCUGCGGAACUCCAUGCAGACCCCCUACAUUGCCAGAGCCUACAGUGACGGCAGCAACGUCACCAAGAUUCGGGAACAUGAGCUUGGCUGGCCCAACGGCCUCUGCAUAGACUUUGCCGCCAACCGACUGUACUGGGUGGACGCUUUCUUUGACAGAAUUCAGCACUCCGAUUUCUCUGGAAACGAUCUUCAGACCCUUACAGGGCACUCUAUCACUCACCCAUUUGGAAUAGCCAUAUAUAAAGAUUACAUCUACUACACUGACUGGCGCCUGGAAGCCAUUGUGAGGAUCAACAAACGUGGUGGUCAGGAAACCAAGAUCCGCUCCGGGGUGGGCAAACUGAUGGGCAUCAGAGUAUAUGACCACGACCUCCAGCCAGCCUCAAGUCAGAACCCAUGCAUCCGGAGGAACGGUGACUGUUCCCACUUCUGUUUCCCUGUGCCUAUAUCUGGAGGUCUGGUGAGGGUGGGGCGCCACUGCGACUGUCCCUACGGAAUGAAGCUUGGUGACAACCAACGCACCUGCGCCAUCAACCCUGACGAGCCCAACCCCACCAGCUGCCAACAUGGGUUGUACCAAUGCGACAACGGCCGCUGUAUCCCCCGGGGCUACAAGUGUGAUGGAGACAACGACUGUCUGGAUAACUCAGAUGAACAAAACUGUCCAGUUGAGACAACAUGUCCCACCAACCGCUUCCGCUGUGAUAACAGCCGCUGCAUCAGCCGAGUGUGGGCGUGCGAUGGCGACAACGACUGCGGGGAUAUGUCUGACGAAAAGAAUUGUCCGGACAAGACAUGCAACCCCCUCGAGUUCCACUGUAACAACUCCUUGUGUAUCUCACGUCGGCUUGUGUGCGACACCGACAACGACUGCGGAGACGGCUCUGAUGAGGGAAAUUUUUGUGAAACACACACCUGUCCCGUUGGAUACUUCAAAUGCAAUGACAAACGGUGCAUCCCGGAGUCGCGCGUCUGCAACGGCGGCAGCGACUGCUUCGACGGCAGCGACGAAGUUGGCUGCCCGCCCCUCAACUGCACGGGAUCUCGGUGGACCUGUAAGACCAUCCGCCAGUGCGUCCUCAGAAAGUACCGGUGUGACGGCGUGGCUGACUGUCAGGAUGAGAGUGAUGAACACGAAUGUCCCACGCGGCCACCGGAAGGCUGCCACUCUGACGAGCUCAAGUGCGGUGUGGGCGGCUGCAUCCCCAACAAAUGGAAGUGUGAUGGACAGGAGGACUGCGAGGACGGUACAGACGAACCUGACACGUGUCCAACACCAACCUGUUUCGCAAACCGAUUCCGCUGUAACAACGGACGCUGCAUCUUCAAGGGCUGGGUCUGCGAUGGCGAUGACGACUGCGGAGACAACUCGGAUGAAGAUCAAGAAAUGACAUGUCCCCCACCCCCCUUCUCCUGCCCUGGUCAGUGGGAGUGUCCAGGGAAUGUCCGCAAGUGUAUCAAUAUAACCCAAGUGUGUGAUAAACGGGAGGACUGCCCUGGCGGACACGACGAAAGCCCUGUCUGUAAUUCUGAAAGUUGUCGCUUCAAAAACGGAGGGUGUAGUCACCGAUGUAUCCAGACGCCACGGGGGGCGGAGUGCAGGUGCCCCACCGGUCAAGAGCUCAAUGAUACCAAAGUCUGUAUAGACACGGACGAGUGCGCUGUGCCGGGUGCGUGCAGUCAGCAGUGCACGAACACCAAGGGUUCGUUCAAGUGCUCGUGCGGGCCCUACUACGACCUGAUGCCGGACGGAGUCCACUGCCAGGCCAACCGAAAUUCCAGCCUCCUCUACAUCAUGGUGGCGACUCAGCAGUCUCUUGUGCGGUCUACGCUCAAUGCCAAGGUGUACAGUGACCUCCCGGUGCCUGGACUGAGAUCGCUCUCCGGCUUAGACAUCGAUGUCUGGAAUGACUACAUCUACUUCUCUGACACGGGACUCAAGAAAAUAUUCAGGACUACCUAUAAUGGGACAAAUCUAACUGAGAUCGUGACGACGGGAAUCGACGUUGUCGAGGACAUAGCCGUCGACUGGGUGGCGGGGAACUUGUACUGGACGGACUACAGGAUGGAGACGGUCGAGGUAUCCCGGGUGGAUGGCACAAACAGGGUGGUCCUCUUCAGCGAGAAUAUCACGAACCCCCGGGGCAUAGAGGUCGACCCCAGAGACGGCAUCCGGCUUCUAUUCUGGUCCGACUGGGGGCAAAAUCCAAGCAUUCAACGAUCUGGUCUGGAUGGCAGCAACCGCGAGGUGAUCGUUUCCACAAACGUCUACUGGCCUAACGCUCUCACACUGGACUACCCCAACCAGCAAAUCUACUUCGCAGAUGCCCGGAUGGACUUCAUCGAUGUGUGUAACUACGACGGUUCUGAAAGGAGGAAAGUGUUCUCCAAUGACCACUUUCUACGUCAUCCCCACGCAAUCACCAUCCUUGAAGACUGGAUCUACUGGACAGACCGCGCGGCCAGUCGCGUGUCGCGCUGCAACAAGUUCGACUGUUCCAACAGAACGGUGGAAGCCGCCAGUCUGAACCGACCUCUCGGCAUCGUGUCCUAUCAUCAGUCUCGCCAACCCAAACUCAUAGGCUACCCACCUGAUGUGAAAGCAGUAACCAACCCGUGUGCCAAACAACCCUGCAGCCACCUGUGUCUUCUGUCCCCCGACCCAAGCCCCGGGUACACGUGCACCUGCCCUGUCGACAUGAAGCUGGAUGCGUCCAACACCAACUGUGUUGAAGCCCAUGACGAUGUUCUUCUGUACAUGACCAACACGCAGCUUGCAGGAAUAAACCUGGCAGAGAAAGAGGACGCGGCAUUUGUCCCCAUCAGUGCCAUUGCUAGAGGUCUUGACUUCGACUAUGACAGCGAAAACAAAUUCGUCUACUAUGUCCAGUCAAAGGUUGGUAGUAUUAACCGUAUCCGCCUGAACGGCAUGAACGAGUCCACGUUUGUCCCUGCUGCUGUGGAGGGCUACCCAAACGCCAUUGUGGUCGACUGGAUCUCUCGCAACCUGUACUGGGCCAACAUGGCGGCCGGAUACAUCGAGGUGAUGAAGAUGGACGGCGACCAGCACUACCGGAAGAUCAUCCUCAGCAACACCGGCAAGGCAACUGACUGUGCCAGACCCUUCUCUCUCGCCGCGGAUCCCAUAAAGGGCAAACUGUACUGGUCGGAUCAAGGCACUGACGGAAUACAGAUGAAGAUAGCAGUGAUGAACAUGGACGGCUCCAACCCCACCAUCCUCGUCAACAGUGGUCUCCGGAAGCCAGAGUACAUAGCCCUGGAUACUAAGAAUGACAUGCUGUACUGGUCGGACCCUUUCUACCAGAGGAUAAGCCGCCACUCCCUGAGAAGCGGCUCUCGGUCCCAAGCAGUGGAGAACCUGGGCCAGCCAAGCGGCCUUGCGGUGUACAACAGCAUCCUCUACUUUGCCGACACCUCCUACGAGAGGAUCUACUCCGCCCCUCUCUCCGACCUCGACAACCCCCGGGCCCUCCGCAACAACCUGGAGUCGCUAGGAGCAGUUCGGGUUUACCAUGACAGGCAUAGUAAAGGUGGUCACACUGGUUGUAAGACCAACUACGGCAACUGUGAGCAACUGUGUCUCCCCAGCGGGCCAGCAGGCCAAGCGGUGUGUCAGUGCUCAACCGGCUUCAUUAGGCAGAAGAAUGGCUCGUGCGGCAGUGUGGACUCCUUCGUCGUGGUGUCCCAGUACAGCAGGAUACGAGGGUUUGGUCUGACCGGAGGCGACCACAGCGAGACCAUGAUGCCAAUAGCAGGAACAGGCCGUGCAGCGAGCCAGGUUGACGUGUACAUGGCAGGGAAGUUCAUCUACUGGGCAGACGCUGCGCCACCGGGCAAGAGCGCCAAACGAGGCGGUGUCAGGCGGAUAAAAACUGACGGAUCUGGAAUGGAGGACGUUAUCAAUUCCGGAAUUGGUAGUGGAGGAAUCCAUGGUGUUUCGGUGGACUGGAUUGCCCAAAACAUAUACUUCACCAACGCUUUUGCUGUUGAAACCUUCAUCGAAGUAUCUCGACUUAAUGGCUCCCACCGACGAGUCAUCGUCAAAUCUCAGCACGGAUCUCCCAGAGCUAUCGUCGUCAACCCCAUCAAGAGGUAUCUGUAUUGGGCGGACUAUGGCCAGCAACCCAAGAUAGAACGCUCCAGAUUGGACGGCAGUAACAGAACAGCCAUCGUGACGAACGGCAUCAGCUUCCCCCGCGACCUGGCCAUCGACUACAAGACUCACAACCUGUACUGGGUUGACUCCGUCAUCGACGCCAUACAGAGUGUUUCCUUCAGCGGAGGAAACAGACAGACUGUCCGUCUGAAUCUCCCCAAACCAUAUGGCCUGGCUUUGUACGGAAACUAUAUUUACUGGGUGGACAAAAACCUGAAAGAGCUAUACAGAGUAUCCAAUACCGGCGAUCAAUCCCAGAAAGCGGAAGUCAUCAAGUCCAAUUUGCUGAAUGUGCGAGACGUAGCCAUAUUUGACAAGUCCAGCCAGCCCGCUGGAACCAGUCCGUGUACUAAGAACAAUGGAGGCUGCCAGCAGCUGUGUUUCGCCAUGCCAGGGGAGACCACUCCCACAUGUUCCUGCUCGGCGGGGCAGUUGGCUACAGAUGGGAAGACAUGUGAAGCUUUGACUGAGUUCCUGAUCCUGGCCGCGGAGACGGAGAUCCGCGGCUUGUCCCUCAAUCCCGAUGACGGCACCCUCCCCAUCCCCACCAUCACGGGGCUGAAGGGGGCGGUGGCUGUCGACUUCGACGUCAAAGAAAACUACAUCUACUUCAGUCAGGUUGGGGAAAAGAAGAUCAGCAGAGUUAUCAAGGGAGAGACUGUCGUGGAGGAUCUCGUAGCCAAGUCAAACCUAUCUGAGUUUGGGCCCACAAAUGACAUCACGUCUGUUGAGGGAAUAGCGUUUGACUGGGUGUCCAAGAAGAUCUACUGGGCUGACCUAUUCAAGAGUAAGAUCUACAGCAUGAACCUCGACCACAGCAACAAGGUGGCACUAGCAUCGGUCAGCAGCCCCCGGGCUCUAGCCAUCGACCCCUGCCGAGGAUAUCUGUACUGGUCGGACUGGGGCCGGAGCCCAAAGAUCGAGCGCGCAACGAUGGCAGGGAACCAGCGUACCGCCAUCGUCACCACGGACCUGGGCUGGCCCAACGGCCUCGCCAUCGACUACGACCAGCAGAUGAUAUACUGGGCAGAUGCCAUGAAAGACAGGGUUGAAAGAGCGAAUACUGAUGGAAAUUAUCGUGAAGUCGUCAUAGAAACCACAGUGCAUCCAUUCUCCAUGACCAUAUUUGGGGAUCACAUUUACUGGACAGAUUGGACGUUGCGCGGUGUGUUCCGAGCUAACAAGUUCACGGGGUCGAACAUGCAGGUGAUAAUCCAGGGUCUCUCCACGCGGCCUAUGGGACUCACCGUGUAUGCAGCAGACAGACAGAAAUGUAACACCAACCCUUGUGACGUCUUCAACGGUGGCUGCAGUCACAGCUGUCACCCCGCCCCUGGAGAUAAGGCCGAAUGUGCUUGUAAUGACGGCCUUGACCUUAAAGUUGGAAAUGGAGGAAAGAUGUGCGUCCCAAAAAGCAACAAUUGUUCCGAAAACGAGUUUGUCUGUGAAAAUGGGCGUUGUUUGAUUCACCGCUGGGUGUGCGACAUGGACAACGAUUGUCAGGAUAAGUCAGAUGAAGAUCCAAACUUGUGUGCUCUUCAUACAUGUGACCCGACAUACUUCCGGUGUAACAACGGCAGAUGCAUCCCUCUCAGGUACAGAUGUGACUUUGACAACGACUGCAGAGACAACUCUGAUGAACUUGACUGCCCAUACCCUACAUGUGGCACUGAGGAGUUCAGCUGCCAGAACUCCCGCUGCAUCAGCCUCACCCAGAAGUGCGACGGCGUCGACAACUGUAGGGAUGGGAAUAAAACAGACGAGACUGAUUGUCCUCCGCGUUCCUGUCCAACCGGACAGGUGAAGUGCCCCACCACCAACAUCUGCAUCGUCCGUCGAUACAUGUGUGACGGCGACAACGACUGCGGCGACAACUCGGACGAGAACCCUCUCUUCUGUCAGCAGGUUACAUGCUCUUCUGGAGAUUUCUACUGCGACAAGUCUCACAAGUGUAUCCCGGGCACUUGGCACUGCGACGGGGACGACGAUUGCGGCUUCGGAGAGGAUGAGUCCGACUACUGUAGUUACAACAACCGGACGUGUUUCGGCAACCAAUUCACCUGUGACAACGGUCGGUGUAUCUCCAUGAGAUGGGUGUGCGACGGCGCCGACGACUGCGGGGAUAAGUCAGAUGAAGCAGCCACCCUCAACUGUUCUGAGCGUACCUGCCCUCCCGACACGUUCACAUGCGAGUCUAACAAACAGGUGGGCACCUACCCAUGCCUUGACCGGAGGCGCGUCUGUGAUGGCAUCCGCAACUGUCAUGGCGGCGAAGAUGAGGCUCAGACGUGUCCGCCGCGGUCAUGUCGACCCACACAGUUCCAGUGCGCCAACGGGUUGUGCGUGUCCCAGAGGUUCAAGUGUGACCAUGACAACGACUGUGGGGACAACUCCGACGAGCCUGACGACUGCGACUACUCGACAUGCAAUGGUAACCAGUUCACGUGCUCCAACCAGCGGUGUGUGCCGCACAGAUGGGUCUGCGACGGCGACGACGACUGCAGAGACAACUCCGACGAGAAGGAGGACCUAUGCUUGACACCAGAGCCAACGUGCCCAGGCAAUCAGUUCCGGUGUGAGAACGGCAACUGUAUCAACUAUCAACACGUGUGUAACAAGAACCCCGACUGCGGCGACAACUCGGAUGAAUCACACUGUAAUGUGAAUGAGUGUGACAGGAAUGAUAAUGUCCCACGAUGUGACCACACGUGUGUGGACACGCUGACCAGCUUCACCUGCGAGUGUAACGCCGGCUACAGGCUCAUGUCCGACCGGAAGGGCUGCAGAGAUAUCGACGAGUGUGUGGAGAAGCAAGGCGCCUGCAGUCAGCUGUGCGAGAACACACAGGGCAGCUACAUCUGCAAGUGCGCUGAAGGCUACCAGAAACUGGCCGACGGCAGGACCUGCAAGAAGACCGACAAUAUAACACCCUGGCUGAUAUUUGCCAACCGUUACUACAUCCGGGAACUGUCAAUAGAGGGAGACAACUACCGACGGGUCACACAAGGCUACCAGAACAUAGUUGCUCUUGACUUCGACUACAGCGAUGACCGUCUCUACUUCUCCGAUGUUAAGGCACACAGAAUCUACCGCAUGUACCUGAACGGCACAGGCACUGACACAGUAUUGAGGCAUAAUGUUCCCAGUGCGGAGGGCAUAGCGAUUGACUGGAUCGGAAGGAAACUUUACUGGCUGGACGGCAAGAACAUAGAGAUCUUCGUGUCAGAACUGAACGGCACAAACCGCCGCAGUCUUCUGAAGAGAGGCUUGGAACGUCCAAGAGCCCUGAUUGUGGAUCCGUUUGGCGGAUACAUGUACUGGACCGACUGGGGAGCAAAGCCGUAUAUAGGUCGUAUGGGUUUGGAUGGCCAGAACCUCUCCCUCAGCUAUAUUACGGAGAAGAUGGGCUGGCCUAACGCCCUUGCCAUCGACUACGACAUGAACAGACUCUGGUGGGCUGACGCCCAUUUAGAUAUCAUAGAAUCCAUCAACCUUGACGGCACGAACCGACAAACGGUAAUAGAAGGGGUGCCCCACCCAUUCGCCAUGACCAUCUUCGAGGAGACCAUGUACUGGACGGACUGGAAUCAUCUCACCAUCGAGUAUGCCAACAAGUUGACCGGCGCCAACCACACGGUGCUGCGGAAUAUCACACACCGACCUAUGGACAUCCAUAUAUACCAUCCGCUCAGGCAGAAACCUGCUCCCAACCCCUGUGGAACAGACAACGGCGGAUGUUCUCAUCUGUGUCUGAUAGCUCCCGGCGGAAGUGAAUACACCUGCUCAUGCCCAGACGACUUCCUGAUGUCCCAGGACGGCAAGACGUGCCAGGCCAACUGCAGCAACACCCAGUUCCGGUGCGGGGCCACCGACGACCGCUGUGUGCCUCUGCUGUGGAAGUGUGACGGCGAGGAGGACUGUAAGGAUGGCGCGGACGAACCAGAGGACUGCCCGGUUAGCCACUGUCCAGUUGGUCAGUUCCAGUGCCGGAACCUCAACUGCACCUACUCCUUCAGAGUGUGUGACCUCCACGACGACUGCGGCGAUGGCUCUGACGAAGACAGCUGCAACAGCCGACUUUGUGAAACAUGGCAAUUGAAGUGCGGCAACAACAAAUGCAUUCCGCGACGCUGGGGCUGCGAUGGAGACGACGACUGCGGCGACGGCUCUGACGAAACUUCCUGUGGAAAUCAUACAUGUGGGACGAACCAAUUCCAGUGUGAGAACGGACGAUGCAUUCCGUCUUCCUGGCAGUGCGACUACGACGACGACUGUGGCGACAAUUCGGACGAAAAGAAGGAAUUCCUUUGUGAGAGUCGUGCGUGUCCCAUCGGAUGGUGGCGGUGUAAGACCAACUAUCGCUGUGUGCCCAACAUUGCCCGUUGCGACGGCGACGACGACUGCCGUGACAACUCCGACGAGCUUGAGGAGAACUGUCCCGUGUGCCAUCCAACUGGCGACUACCAGUGUAAAAACAAACGUUGCAUACCCAAGCGUUGGCUGUGCGACUUUGACAACGACUGUGGUGAUAACUCGGAUGAAGGCAGAGAAAACUGCCAGAGCAAAUACAGGAAGUGCUCCGAGUCCGAGUUCCGCUGUGACAACCAGAAGUGCGUGCAGGGACAGUGGAAGUGUGACCAUGACAACGACUGCGGGGACGGAUCAGACGAGGACCCUAAAAUAUGCACAGACACCCACGUGUGCGCGGACAACAAGUUCACUUGCUCAGAUGGGUACUGCACGAGCCUGGAGACGGUGUGUGACGGACGCCGGGACUGCAAGGACACCUCGGACGAAUUCAACUGCACCGCCAGAUUCCCCAGUGGCCGCUUCUGCCCCGACAACAAGUUCCAGUGUAGCAACCAUAUAUGCGUUCCUACAAGCUGGCAGUGUGACGGAGACGACGACUGCGGUGACAACAGCGACGAGGUGGCGGAAGUCUGUAAAAACAUGGAGUGUUCUGAAGACAAGUUCCGAUGCGACAAUUUCAAGUGUAUUCCACGAUGGCGGCUGUGCGAUGGCGUAAACAACUGCGGGGACCAGUCAGACGAAAGGUCAAACCUGUGUACUGUAAAGACAACCAUCUGUGCAUCAAAUCAGUUCAAGUGCCGCAAUUCGAAAUGCCUGGAUGCUGAUAAGGUCUGUGACAAUGUGGACGACUGUGGAGACGUCUCAGAUGAAGAGGGAUGUCACAAGGACGUCGGUGUCAGGGACUGCUCAACUACCAACGGCGGCUGCGAACACAACUGCACCAACUUGUCCGAGGGAGGCUACUACUGUAGCUGCCGAAAAGGCUACAAGAUCGCCACCUACGACAGAAAGACGUGUGAAGAUAUUAACGAGUGUGCCGGGUGGGGCAACAGUUGUCCCCAGCUCUGCCAGAACAUCAAGGGCACCCACAAAUGUCAAUGUGCUGAUGGCUUCGUCGACACCAACAGAAAAGGCACGCUGUGCAAGUCCAAAGAGAGAAACGCAGUCCUGUUGUUUGCCAUGGGAUCCGAGAUCCGCCAGUACCGCACCAGCACCAAGGAGUAUACUGACGCGGUGGUGGCUGGACAACGGAUCCAUGCCCUGGACGUGGACCCCGCCUGGCAGCUCCUGUACUGGACGGACACGUCACAACGCAGCAUACAGCGGGCAGCCAUGCCGAAAGAGGCCACGAUGCAGGGGUUCGCUCAGAGCCUGGAAAUAUCCGGGUUACAACAACCGGAGGGUCUGGCAGUAGACUGGGUAACAAAGAACAUAUUCUGGACGGACUCCGUGAAGAAGACUGUGUCAGUUGCCAAGUCUGAUGGCAGAUAUCAGAGGACUAUCGUGAGCAAGAACCUGCACAGUCCCACAGCGAUAACUGUGAAUCCUAGACUCGGGUUUCUCUACUGGACAGAUGUAAGUGGAACCCAUCCCAAGAUUGAACGUGCAUGGACAACUGGAGACAAGCGAUCUGUACUGGUUUCAACAAAACUAGGCAGGCCCACCAGCAUUGCAAUCGACUUCUUCAUGGGCGACCGCGUAUACUGGUGUGACGCUAAGGAGAACGUCAUUGAGUCCAUGAAGGCAGAUGGUUCCGACAGGGUGGUGGUCACAGCCAAGAAUCUGUUGAAUCCAGUGAGUCUGGACGUGUUUGAAGGUCGCCUGUUUGUUGUGGUUCAGCAGUCAGGACAGAUCAUCUCCAUGAACAAGCUGGGCCUAGGGGAUAACAGGACCCUCCAGACAGGCCUGGUGCUACCAACAGGCAUCAAGAUAUACCACUACAACAGAUAUGAUCUCACGAUUAAGAACGCUUGUGCAAAAGCCACGUGCAGCCACCUGUGUCUCCCCGUGCCAAGCGGAUUCCGAUGUGCCUGUCCUGACGGCACCAGCUUUGCUGAUCCAAGUGAAACAAUUUGUGAUGCAGCUAAAGAAGUCGAGAUCCCUAUACCCGAGGGCUGCAAGUGUCGGAACGGUGGAGCCUGUGUUAAAGUGGCUGACAACGAUACCUACAACUGUGACUGUAUAGCAGGGUUUUAUGGACAAUAUUGUGAAAAUAUACAGCCACAACACCUUUCCCAGGAUGAUACAAGUACAGCUGCCAUUGUGGUGCCGAUAGUGCUGGUGACCAUCAUCAUCGUCCUCGUCGUCGUCAUACUAUUGGUAGUUCGGAGGAGAGGAUAUGGUUUUAACUUUAAAAAGAUCCUAUCAAAGACGCCCUCGUCCGACCCUGAGAACAAGCCCCAAGGCGUGGUGUCCUACCACGACGGGAAGCUGGGCAUGCCCGGAAUAACAUACGACCUCCCCGGGGCCACAGGCUUGAAUGCUGAGUCGUCGACAGACCCCGUUGCAAGUAUAAACGACCCUACCUCUCCGACCAACUUUUGUAACCCCAUGUAUGACAGUCUACACGUCCAGGAGACGAUAUCCAUACCCCAUUCAUCUCAUGAACCACCAAAACAAGCAUCGGAUGUGAUUGACGCCUUCCAUUCGGACAAAAAACAUUAUAACGGAAGUGCUGACAUCCGGCCCCCUCCCCGGGCAUUAGACCCGACGGAAGACGUGGAACAUGACACGGCUGGACUUGUUACCCAGGGAGACCUAGAGUGACCCCGACCCCUAGGCAGAUAGACAGAGGUACUGUUGAGAAACUGCACAUCUUCUGCCAAGAUUUGUCUUCCAAGGAACAUGGAGGAGAUAUGGAGAUUUGAACUGGCAUGUCUAGGAGUGAGUGAGUGUGUUAAUUUCAGCCAUUUAAGGACGUGAACUAAUUACACAUUCAUAACAUCAGGCACAGUCAGACAGUGUUGUAAAUAUCAGAUUAAAUAUACUACUCAAAAGAAGUUAAGGUACACCCGAUUCUUUCACAGUACUAUACUUUAGUUAAUCUGUUAUGUCUGAGGGGGUUUAUUGUGGUUUGAAACCUCUGAUUGACCAAUCAAACUCGAUUAUUUUCCACAUUCAUGGUAGUAGAAUGGACCUUACGCUUGCAGUGCCUCGGCAAAUGUUUUCAGCAUUGUAACGUUUUGAUAACGUUUGUAACUGUGUGAACAAAUCUAACGUUGAAGUGUAUGACAGAUUAACCGUAGAAAUAUGAAAGAAUCGGGUGUUCUGUAACGUUUUUGAGUGGUAUAUGUUCCAAGAUAGAUGAAGGCAUUUUAACAUGCAUGUCUUGAAAGGAUCAUGUUUCAAAAUAGACUUAGUCUCUUCUUGAUUGUAAUAAAAGAAUAACUUUUUAUAUACACUAGUUGUGCGAUGUGUCUAUGAUUGUGAUUGCUGUGAUCAGGAUGUUGUGUAUGUUCCUAUCUUGUGGGUGCCUUGAAAUGUCAGAAUGCUAGUUCUAUGAAUACUAGAGAAGCUGCAUAAUGAUGUAGAAUGGCGUCUGAGACUCCAUAAAAGAUAUAUGAAGUCACUGAAUGUUGUGCUGGACUGUAGCAUUAUGUUUAAGAUUCAUGUUGAGAUGUUGUAUGAUAGUUAUCACCGUGCCCGACGUAAUGACUAGUGAAGGAUUAGAGUGUAUAUACAUACCCCCAUCCUAAUCCCAGAAAUAGAAGUGACCAUAGGCGGAUCCAUCCCCCCCCC